AUGGGGAGGUCCGUCUGCUGGUUCUGGUUAGGAGUGUUGGUUGUCAACCUGAGUCCAAGCUGCUCUGCUGUCGUCCUGGACUCCGUCUAUUGGAAUUCUUCAAAUCCCAAGUUCUCUCCUGGACAGGGGCUGGUCCUGUUCCCUCAGAUAGGGGAUAAAAUGGACAUCGUGUGUCCCCGGGUGAGGCCAGGGGUGGUGGAGAACAAGGAGCCGGAGUACUACCGCGUGUACCUGGUGACCCGGAAACAACUCCACAGCUGCAGCAUCAGCCAAUCGGACACUCCGUUACUCAACUGUGACAAGCCGGACAGAGACGUGAAGUUCACCUUCAAGUUCCAGGAGUUCAGCCCUAAUCUCUGGGGCCUGGAGUUUUUCAAGGGAAGGGAAUACUAUAUCACCUCGACCUCCACCAGCUCUCUACAGGGCCUGGACAACACUGAUGGAGGGGUGUGCAGAGCCACAUCCAUGAAGUUGGUACUGAGAGUAGGACAGACCUCGUCAACAGAAGGCAGAGCCUCGUCAACAGAAGGCGGAUCCAUCGGCUCUGAGGUCGGACUCUUCGUUGGCGUGGCCUGUUGCAUCGUCCUCCUCCUAUUGGUCAUCGUGGUCCUACUGAUGGUGGUGUGGCGGUACCACAGACGCCACGCCACGCCGGACAGGGACGUCCAACAGUCUCUGUCCCUCAACACCCUGGCCACGCCCAAGAGAGACAGCUACGGAGGGAGUAGCGAGGACAUCCGCUCAGAGCCCAGCCACGCGGUGUUUCCUCCGAGGCCCUCUGACUCUGUGUUCUGUCGGCACCAUGAGAGGGUCAGUGGAGACUACAGACAUCCUGGUUAUAUGGUACAGGAGAUGCCUCCACAGAGUCCUACUAAUAUAUACUACAAGGUCUGA